AUGGACGGGCCUUCGCCGGUGUUCUGCACUGGCUCAAUUGCCUCCAAGACCAUUGCAAUUAACACGAGUGCCUGCGAAGGCCUCGACUCCACAGUUCGACAGACCAUUUACUCCUCCGAUUCGCUUUCUACCUCGCCUCGACCUGUCCUCGAUUUGUCUCGACAAGUCCAUCUCUCCGCAAACCGACUCGUUAGCUUAGGGAUUGCCACCAUUUCUCCCGCCGCCUUGACCCCAUUCAAUAUCUACCUUCUUCCGCUCGCCAACUUUUGCCUCGCACAGAAUCGCAAUCCUGCCUCGGUUGGCCUCAAGUACGGAAGAGUUGAAGUCUGCCGAAAUUCCGCCCGUUAG